ACUUCCGGGUCGUAAUCAAUGUCAACAAGGAACAUUUCUACACAUGCAGAUGGUCGGAAAACAAACAACGACAAUUGUUGCUAAACUCUUAAAGUCUUUCAAUGCCGUGUGCUACAUUAAAUAACAGGUGUUAUAAACAUAUAAAUAGACGUAUUAAAUUAAUAUAAUUUAAAUUCAUUGAAAUUGUGACCAAAUAGAGUAGCAGUCUAAGUCUGAACUGAGGAGUGAAGUUGAAGGCAUUGAAGGCUCAAAAUCGUCUUUUUAUUUUUGUGUGUGGCUAGUGUGGACUGCGGAGUGUGAUGGCGGUAAAAUUUUUGAAGACCAGACGUACCUCCCUUCUCAACACCAGGAAUUUCAUGGGUUUAUGGACCAUUAUCAACAGAGGUUUUAAAUAUUGUAUCAAAAUCAGUCAAUAAAAAUGUCGAGGCUGGGGGGUCCACACACUAGGCAAGCAAGGAUUGUAUUCCAAAGGCCUUUAUUUUUUUAUUUCAGUUUUUCAAAAUCUAAUACUUUGACAUAAAUUUUAAAUAUUGUCCUAUUGCCAUGAAUGAUACAUCACUUUAAAGAGCUAGCUAUAAACUUUACAAAACCACAAAUUUCAUCUUUCUAUCUUUUAUAGAAGUAGAGUUAUUUUUUUGUAGAAUUUUUUUUAAGCCCCUUAUAUAAUCUAUAUAUUUUACCCUCAAAACCAUGUGACCCAAAUCUCUGCACUAUUUUGUCCACAUUUUUAUUUUUAAAGAUAAUUGUACAAAAUUUUCAGGGUUAUUCCCAAUCAUAUAUACAACACAAAGAACAAAAAAACUUUUACAUUACCUCAGGACUUUUUAUUUUGGAUAAUUUUCUUUGUAGAUAUGUUUAAAAAAAAUCAUGUACAGAAAAAUUGGGAAAAUAAUCAUUUGUAAGGGCAAAAACAAAAAAAUAACAUGUUCAUUGUAUUUUAAUUAAAUAUAUGAUUAAGUCAUUUUUUAAAUAAAUUCUUAUAUUUGUAAAAAGUAAGUAGAAGUCUCUUUUAAAUGUAAAAUUGAAUGCAUAAAAACAACUAAAAUCACUCAUAAGACAAGACUAAUACUACGACUACGAGCAUACCAGUACCGGUAUGAGAUUAAAUUUUAAAAGACAAUGGAGAUGUUCUGCCUGUCAUUUUCUGUGUAGACUGUUUGGUCUUGUUGAUGAAUCCCACGAUAUCUCCUUCGUAAACUUUGUCUUUGCCAUCUACAUCAAAACGUGCCUCACAGUCGAUGGACGGAAUUCUGCAAAGUUCUUCAAUAUAAAAUUUUAAUUUCUUACGUACCCUGUACUUGAAAGAAGCAUAGCCAUAGCACUUAAUUAUAAAUAUAGUCCUAAAUGUACACACUAUCUAAUUUCUUUUUAAUAUUAUUCAAUUUUUGAGUUUCUGAAAACUAGUUAUAGCCCCCCAAACAUUGGCAACAGCAAUGAGUGAACUUCCCAUCUACUAAAGUUGCUUGACAAAAACAUGAACUCAAGUUAUGCACAUUUCAGAAUGCCAAUUUUGCUACCCCCCUUCCCCCCCCCCCCUUUUUCCAUGAUACGUCACUGCACUCUUUUUAUUUCACGUCCAUAUAAAUAUAGCCGACCCGCAGCUUAGCAUACGCCGCGAGCUUGUUGGGUUGUGCGCAUGGCUGGCAAGCGAGGUUGGUGCAGGAGGGGGGGGCGGUAGCUCCACCGCAGUGCGCAUGUCUUGAUCGAGACCAACGAUGGGCAGGCAGGCAAGGGAAGGGAGGGUUUGCCUGUGUCUUGCUUGCUUGCUCUGGCAUAUCUAUAUAUAGCCUGCAUCGUCGUCUUGUCGUCUUGUUCUUGUCCUAGUUUUUCUGUCGUAUUGUAUACAUAUUUUUAUACAUAUUUUUUUUUUUUCCUUAUUUGAUUAUUUUGAUUAUAUUAAAUAUUUGUCUGUCUAUGAAAACUGUUUUAAUAUGUCUGUAAAAACACACAGUAUUAAAAUAUUUUAUAAAAUUUACAAUUAAUUAACAUUAAUAAUUAAAUACCUUAUUAUAAUUUUAAAAAUGCAGAUUUUAAUUAGGCUUAUAAGAAUAUUAGUAAUUAGGCUUUUUAUCUUAUGCCUAAAUGGACUAUAAUAAUGAUAACUUUUAUUGUUAUAACUAAUAAGUAGGCCCUAAUUUUAAUGAUAAAAUCCCAUAUGAUUAGGCAUUAAUAAGAGAAUAACUAUUAUUAUUAUUAUUGAUACAAUUAAUGACGUUACGAUUGAUUAUUGAUUCUAUAAAGAGAACCGAUAAAAUUUUUAGGCCUACACACAAUUUUAAAUGUAAAACUCCGGUAAAACUUAUGACAACCCUCUGAUUCCCAACUAAAAACUUUUUCAGUUUGGUUAAAAUUUGUUAUUUAAUUUUGUAAAACUAUUUAUUUGAAACUACUUAGUAUUAUUCAGAUGUUAAGGGAUGCAACAACUACGAUUAAAUUCAUAAUUGACAGUGAUAAAUGACACAAAUACUAAUUGCUUAUAUCACUCUACUUUAUAAUCAUAAACUUUGUUUUUAAAAUAUUUCAGAGGAAUAAUUGAGUGGGGGUGGAGCCUUUUGGGCAGAUCAUAAGAGAUUUGUAUAUUUUUCUCUAGGUACAUUGAUUCUACAUUGAAAACAAUGUUGAAUAAAGUAAUUAACAGAAGUCAACUGAAAGUAGUGUUCAAAAUUAGAUCAUAUGUUUUUUCACUAUUUUGCAUGGGCAGUAUUCCUUUUGCUUAGACUAUGUAUAAGUACCUAUAGGGAAUGAGCAGUUGAAAUCUAUCCAGUCAUUUUUAGCACAGUAUAAUCUCACCCUAGAUAUUCUUUGGUAUCAUAUUGCUGACCCUGGCAUAUUAUUUUAUGGGUUCGGCUUAUCAGCAGUUUGUACAAUUUCAGGCUUUCCCAUGCCAAAACUAAGGGUCAACUUAUGAACAAACAGUCUUUAUAUCAAGUAUAUAUGGCAUGUGAUUUGACUGACCUCUGGCCAAUAUUGCCAAUAUAAAGAGAUUUGACAUUGUUUCUUACCUACAAUAAAGCUGACAUCUUGUGUGUCAAUUCUAUUAUAAAUAAAGAAAAUUUAUAAAAUAUGAAGAUUAAAUUUCUGAGUAUUUAUAAGUAGAUGCUUAGCAUGAUAGAUUCAGAAAAUAUGCUCUUUAAUAAUCAACAGAGUUCUGAUUUUAAUGUGAAUGAAAAUCAAUCUAAGACUGUCUUACAGGACUUUAUAAUUUCUAGUUAGCUGAGAAAGAAACAGAAUGGGAAAACAUUGCUAAACAAGGUCCAACCGGGAUGCAUGGUAACACUAUGUAUAACAAAGUUAAAAUGAAACAGAAAUUUUGUACAUUGGUUUUUCAGAAGUAAUCAUAUCCUCAGAUUUCAUUUGUUCUUAUUGAAAUGAAGCAACAUCAUCCCUAUUGGUUUUAAUUAAUAAUUUAAAUCAUGACAUUGGCCUAGUAAUAAACCCUCAAUUUGACUUUGUUAAAAUGUAUAUGAGUCUAUCUAUUCAUCCUUUGACUAUUAAAUUUUCAAAAAAAAAUUUCUUUAAGUACGUGUUCUUUCUUUUUUGUUCCAUUACAGGCCCUUUCUUGAGCACAUGAAGAUCAAGAAUCCAGAAACUCUCAACUGCUUUUAUGACAUCAUUUCAACACAAGUUUAAAUAUAACAUAUCAACAUGCUAGCAAGGAUAUUUUUCUACCCAACUGUGGCCAUCAACACAUUUAUGUGCAUAAAUGCCACCAGACACUGGUAUGAUCGAAUUGAUGAAACUGUCAUUCUUGGUUCACUGCCACUGAAAUCAGUUACAAGGAAGGUAAAAUAUGGCUUGUUGUCUUCUUUUUUCUUUUUUUUUCAGUUGAUAUAAAAUACAUCUUCAUCUAUGACAUAGAAUCUAAGAAUGGCUGGUGGUGUGAUUAAUUUUAAAAUUUAGAAUUACUUUGAAGGAAAAAUAUUACAUGGAACUUCUGAGUUGUAUAUUUUGUUUGAAGAGAUUAAGCACUGGUUGGCAUAAAAUGCUAAAAGAUACUAAACCUUUAAAGGCCUACCACAUUUACCUGUCUAAAUCAUUCAAUUGUGUGCAUUUGUGUUAUCGUCAUUAAAUAAAUAUAAUUAUUGUAAGUCCUAAAUGUUUAUGAUUUAUAAUGUAUAAUUAAACUCCCCAGAGAAUCAUAUUCUUCAACAAAUUGUUAACGGCAUGGUUUUCUUAACUUGUACAUUAUGUUUAUGGUUCAUUAAGACCACAGGUAUCUGUAAACAUGAUGCCCUAACUGCGACUCAUUCAGAAGUGACGUGGCUUCAUCACAAGAAACCCCAUUUUACCUUUAUAAUUCAUGGGAAUAAGUUAUUAGGCCACUUAUCAUUCAUUUUUUUUAGUGAGGAGCCAUUUUUAUAAAUUAUAUAUGUUAAGAAAUUAAUUUGGGGAGUGAUAGCCAUUAUAAAUUUGUAUUACAAAAGAGCUGCAUUUAUUCCUUCAAAGAGUCAUAAGUAUCUCCAGAGCUGGGGGUAGUCAACCACUGCUCUAGACUUACAGUCCUGUUUGGCCCAAAUUAACUCUUUUCAAAAUUAUCCAUUUUCAGCUCAUUGCUGAAGAGAAUGUGAGAGCCAUGGUUACCUUGAAUGAAGACUAUGAGCUAAAACACUUAACAUAUUCUAAAGAGGUAAUAAAAUACUUUUAACACACUACCCAAAGAUAUGGAAAACUAUAGCGGAAAACUAUAGCGGAUUACAUUAAAUACUAUAACCUCCACAAAGAUCAAUGUUUAACUAAGAAGUGUCAAGAACAGACACCAGUUCAGAAACUGUACGUUUUCUAUAGCCGCCUGGACACACCCGAAGAUGAAUGGAAUGUUCUGGUUGGCUUUUAUUUGCCUUGUGGCUACUCUGCUUGACUGACACAAAUGAUUCUGUUCAUCUUGUAGGUUUUAACUUUUUAAUUAAAGGUCACUAACCAAUCAUAACAUUUAAGCAUCUCUCAUUUAAAGCUUUUUAUCUCCCUUAUCGCCGUACCUUUAAAUUAAAACUCCUUGUCACUAGGAUGCAAUGAUGAAAAUGCCAAAGGGGUCGUUCGCAAAUUACAUCACGUUCAAGGCGGGGGGGUGGGGGGGGGAGGGUGGCGUUUGAGAUUUGUGACAGGGGGAGGGGGGUUAAAAAAAUUGUGACAACACUUUUUUUUUUAAAACUAAAUCUAAUUUUGAAAAAUCUUUAUUAACUAAUUUUAGAAAUAUUAAUUUGUGGUCAAAAUUGCCACAGGUAUUAUAGGUAUUAUGAGUCGCUUAUACCUUUUGUGCAUAUAAAAAAUUGACGCAAAAACUGUUGUGGCUAUUUUACAUUUGGCUUGUGGAUGACUUUGUUGUUUCGUUUCACAGUUUUCUAAUAAUACUACAUCUUAAUACACUAUGGGAAAAUGUUAAAGAAUAAAAUUAAUGUUUGUUUAGUUAUGAAAAUUUUAUGUAUGUUUUGAUUUUUGUAGGUGUGAUGGGACACAGGGGGGGGGGAGGGGGAGUGGUGUUGUUGUAAAGAAUUUGUGACACUUCGUGACAGGGAGGGGGGGUAAAAAAAAAACAGUCAUUUUUUUUGUUAUGUAAUUAAGAACGGCCCCAAAACCAUGUCUUAUAUAUAUUUUCCUUAUGGUGUACUGCUUCCUCUUACAAACCGCCCUUCUCCCAACUCCACAUGUUUUAUAUCAAUUGUACUGAGUGAAAAAGAAGGCUGUCACUCAGCGAACAGUGACCUUAGAACUCAUGUAAAUAGUUUCAUUAUUUUUCUCAAGCGUGAGGCAACUAUUAAUCAAUAAAGAGCCACAGAUAUUUUGUAGGGCCGUCUGUUGGAAUGUUGUACGACUAUUGUUUAAAGGCGAGCUUAUAUUAUAGAAAAUGAGAAGUUAACUCUCUUUUUGUAACACAUGGACCCAUCCUGUAUUUUCUCAAAAUACCAGGACCUGGCAUAAAUAAACUGCACCCGGUUAAACCCCAGUAUUAUUAUAUUUAUUUAAUAGGAAAUUUGUAGGAAAAUUAUUUAUUUAUUUUUUAAACUUUUGUUGAUUACUUGCUGUCAUCCAUGUGUUGACAUUUUCUUUUAAAAGACAGGUUCUCAGUUACAAAUUAUCUAAUAAGAAGAUAAGUUAAAUCUAUGAAUAAAAUGCAAAAUUUAAUUUUAAACACUGAAACAAAAUUACCAAUGAUUUUAUUAAUUGCUAGUUGAAUCAUAAUGAUAAAUUCUUUGUAUCCUCAUAUUUUGGCAAUCCCAGGAGCUGAAUAAUUUGGGUAUCGAGCAGUUGCAGCUGAGCACAACAGAUCUUACUGGGACACCAACUCAGGAAAACAUAACCAGAGGAGUGAAGUUCCUGACAGAGCACAGAGAGGAAGGCAACACGGUGUACCUCCACUGUAAAGCCGGCCGUACGCGCAGUGCGACGUUGGCGGUGUGCUAUCUCAUGCAGGUAAGCCUGAUGCGACACUUUCCUUUGUUUGAUCCAGGUGAAGUUUGCUGUCAAAAAUUACCAUCUCAUAAAUCAAGUGGCUUCUCUGUAGUUUCAUUCUUUUUUUAAAUUAAAACCAUGUAUAUUUUAAAACUUUUUUUUCUUAACAUGAGUGACCGGCAGUUCUGUCCUUGUGCCCUGUUGUGCUUAUAAAACAGGCUCAACUUCAUGUUUACAAAUUCUGCUUAAAAAAAAUUGUUUUUCACCAAACAAACUAAAUCAAUUUUUUUGCAAAACUUAAAUCAAUUGUGCUUGGUGGGUGGAAGUGUCUCUGUGUUAACAGAAUGGUGGCAAAUAAAAUGCCUCAAAUUUAAGAGACUGCCUUAAAGGGAAUAAACAAUAUGCACAACAACCGGUUUAAAUGAUAACGUGUGAUGUUUACUUCAAUCUGCAACAUCUUUACUUCUUGAUAGUUUACAUAUGUGUGUUUUCUUGUCAUUUUGCUAUAGCUUACUCAUGUGUGUUUCUUCUUCUUCCAUAUAUUAAGGGCCCACGAUCAAUUUAUUGAUCAUUUUGGCUCCUAUGCAAUGUUUCUGUGCCUGGUGAUUAUGAGGAUAUUUCACUGAUUGCAAGUGCUACUUUGUGAGGGAAUCAUGCACUGGGGGUUGGAAGGCUUGAGGCAAUAGACGCAAAUGUGUCAAGUGUUGUCGCCUCAACUGUUCCUUUUAAAAGCUUGUUCCAGUCCCUAAUUGUCUUUGGCAGGAAUGAGCAGUUCCUAUGCUGGUAUGAGCUGGCAUUGCCUGUCAUGGCCUCGUCGCUGUCUAUGGGGGAGAAGGAUGAGUUUCUGUUUAAUACUGGAACAGUGGACCAGCCCAUUAUUUAUCUUGUACAUCAUGGAGAGCCUGGAUUGUCGUCGUCGUUCCUCCAAUGGUGUCCAGCCUAGUGUUUCCAGCAUGCUGCCAACACUAGAGGUAUUCCUGUAGCGGUUUAGGACAAAGCGUGCUGCUCGUCGCUGGACCGCCUCCAACCUGUCAAUGCUCUUCUUGGUAAAUGGGUCCCAGACUGAAGAUGCAUAAUCUAAAACCGGACCGACAAAGGCUUUAUAGGCUCUUUCUUUCACACAGGAGUUGCCAAUCUUUAGAUUACGCCUUAAGAACCCCAGGGUCUUGUUUGCCUAGUUACACACAUUAUUAAUAUGCUCGUCCCAGCGGACCUCUCUUUUAAUGGUAACACCCAGUUACAUAACGGAGGAAACUGGCUCAAGUAUAUGGCCAUGCAGUUCGUAUUGGUAGUGUAGAGGAGUGCAACUUCUAGAGACUGAUAGUGUCUGGCACUUGGCAGGGGGAAAUUCCAUGUCCCAGCUCUUUUCUUGUCAUUUGCCUAUAGCUUACUCAUAUUUGUUUUCUUGUCAUUUUCCCAUGAGCUUACUCAUGUGUAUUUUCUUGUCAUUUGCCUAUAGCUUACUCAUGUGUGUUUUCUUAUAAUUUUGCCUAUUGCUUACUCUGUGUUUUAGGGUGGGUGUGUGAGGGUGUGUGGGUGAGAGUGUAUGUAUGUGUGUGUGUGUCUGUUCACUUGCACUUCACCUGCCACUUUAUCUGACUCAUGUAUGUCUGAUGUAUUUUUUUAUUAUAUUGAAACGUGUCAUCUUUUCUUUUGCAAGCUGAUCUAUUUAUUUAUGUAACUCCUUUGAUCCCAAUCAUAAUCCUGUGAUCCCAUCCAUAAUCCUGUGAUCCCAUCCAUAAUCCUGUGAUCCCAUUCAUAAUCCUAUAUGAUCCCAUUCAUAAUCCUGUGAUCCCAUCCAUAAUCCUGUGAUCCCAUUUAUAAUCCUAUAUGAUCCCAUUCAUAAUCUUCUGACCUCACUCCUAAUCUUCUGAUCUCAUCCAUAGAUACACCAGUGGGAUCCAGAGAAAGCCAUAGAUUUUGUGAAGAGCAAACGUCCUCUUAUCUGGCUGAGGAGCAAACAAAUGGAAUCUAUUCAUCGUUUUCAUCAAAGUCUGAAAUUUUCUUGACAGCAGAUUCGAUUGAUGUUUGUUGGUUUUUUUGGUUGUUUACAUCAUGGCAUUUACAACUGUAUAUAAAAUAAAUCAUUAGACCACCGGCAAUUAGAAAUUUUUUUAUAUAGAAAAUUGUU